AUGGUGACACUAGGUCGCGCAGCCUCUCUGUCUUCCAGUGCUGCCUCCCAGACAACUCAAAUAGUCGCCCCUCAUAGUCGUCCUGGCACGGCUGAUCUCAUGAGAUCGCGAUCAGAAACAGUAAUAUCUCGGAAUAGCCGUCGUCCGCGGUCGAGAGGUUCGACCGCUAGCAUCCAUUCGACCACAACCCAACAGACCCAAGACCAGCAACUUAACGAUGGCUUUUCCCAGUUCUUGCCGGCCCAGACGCCUGCCGGAUCCAAUGUUUUCGGCAAUAACCCAGAGGAUAUUAUUAUGCGAUUCGGCCAGCAACUGUCGCACCAGGUGAAUGGAACCUCUUUGGAUCCGACAAUGCAAGAUGGGCAUCACGCUGUCAUGCCCAGGGGUGAUGAUUUUCCCAAUCAUGCUAUUCAUGGUCAUCAUCUAUCGCAUCAUUCCAUACCGUCUGGAAUUCCCGCCCAUGGGUUACCAAAUGUUGCCAUGCCUCAGUACCAGAGCAUGUACGACAGCGGGAUUGAGAACCACCUACCGGAGCAUGUUCUCGAUGAUCAGGAUACAUCUGAAGCAGGAAUCAAGAAGAAAAAGGGCUCAAGUUCAUCCCUUGCCAACGACAACGAACUGCGGAAACUCCUGCGCCAAUAUGAAGGUUACACGCUAAAGCAAAUGGCAGCAGAGGUCCUCAAACACGAGGGCGCUGGUGGCAAGGCCGAAAAAGUUAAACAGGUCUUCGCGAUGAUCUGGCUGAGAGAGAACUGCCGGAAGAGCACCGGCUCUGUCCGACGAGACCGUGUUUAUUGCUGCUAUGCAGAGAAGUGUGGAACCGAACGUGUUUCAGUGUUGAACCCGGCCUCGUUCGGAAAACUCGUUCGAAUAAUAUUCCCAAAUGUACAGACGCGCCGCCUAGGCGUUAGAGGAGAAUCAAAGUACCACUACGUCGAUUUAACGGUGAUCGAGGAGAAACAACAGAAGCCGUCGCCUCCAGCCACGCGGUUCCCAUCCCAUGAACCCACAGCUAUGGGUACCGCAGAGAGCUGCAAUGGUGACGAUAUACAAAAAGGUGCAAGCGUAUUACCGCAACCUACCACAGACACAGCACUGUUUCCUUCUCCCACUACUUCCUUUGCACCAAAAGUUACAACCGAUACAGCAACUUCUGGUUGCGGCUGUCAAUCUUCCGAGGCCGAUGUCAUUACGCUUGAGAACGUCGCUAGCCAUUCCGGAAAAUUGAUUCACCAAAUGCUUCAGCUGCCUACCACGGAUGGUUCCUCGGUUGACACCGACUCCUUGCAACUGCCGGAUAUCAAUGGUUAUCUUCCCGCCAACACUGAUUCCAGGGUGGCGGCAGCUCUUGCUGCGCUUUACCGUUCCCACUGUAUUUCGGUCAUCGAUAGCUUCCGGUAUUGCAAAGAGCGCAAUAUGCUCAGAUAUUUCUCUGCGUUCCAUGGGACUUUGACGGUUCCUGUUCAAAAGCUCCUGACGCAUCCUAAUAUUGCGCCAUGGAUCAAGGAGUGCGAUUGGCUUAUGUACCAGAAGAUGAUCGCGUUCGUGGCACCACUGACAACCCAAGUCGUCCCGAAACUAGUUUUGGAUGCGUUCAGCUCGAUAUCGCAGCGACUUACCACCCAUAUCAGUGACACAUUCAAGACCCAACCUGUGCAUGUUUCCCUAGCGAGGUUGAUACCAGCCCACAUCUUUUGCAACCUUUUGAGGCACAUGCUUGAUGUGAACCAAUCUGCCAACGCUGCUGCUGCAUGGCUUUGCCACCCCGACAACAGGAACCAGAUGUGGCUUGACUUCACGACAUUGGUCGAUCCCAAAGAAAUGAUGACAAGGGCGAAUAUUCCUAGCUGCGCAGAACAGGCUACGGAACGGAUAUUGAAGCAUGAUAUCCGCGCUCUCCUAACCCCAAUUACGGACUUGAACUCUACUACUUCCAACUCCUUUUUCUCCCAGCCUGACAUGGAAGAGAGCUCCGAAGCCCGUAAAUUUCCUGUCGAGGAGUCUGUCGGAGACGAGUACAACUUUCCAGACAAGUGGAUUUCCUUCAUCCUGAAUUUGGCUCACAUUUUCCCUCAACACCGCUCACAAUGUGUCAUUCAACGUGUGGAUGCACUGUGGGAUUGUAUUUUACGCCGUUUAACGCUGGGAGGAGCCCAGAGUUUUAGUGCAUGGUGGAUGACCAAGGUCUUUUUCCAUGAAAUGAUGUUAUGGCAAGCAGAGAAGGGUGGAUUCAUGCAUUAUACGCCAAGCACUCUGCAAAAACCAGAUUUGGACUCUGACCAGUCCGGACCCGGGGGUCUUAUUGUGAAGGAUUCUUCUCACCCUGUCGGUAACAAGGAACAAACCACAACGCCUGAUGCCCCAAAUGGUACAUCACUUGAACGGUCACGGAUGGAGGUUGAAACAAAUUUGAAUCACGUCGAAAAUGAGAAAUCCACUAAUAGGACCGAGAACCUAACGCCCUUCCAUGCCCCGAAUCACGACGACAGCGCUAUUGAUCUUGAUGACGACUCAAUGUUAAUGACGGUGGGGAAGUACGGUGAUAUGAUGGCCUCCGACCCAGCAGAUGCGGAAGGUGAUGUUGUCGUUAUCUAA